CAGGCACAUGACAGGUGCUCAAUAAAUGUUAACUGUCAAUCUCCCGCAGUACUUCCGGAAGCUGGGGCAAAGAUGAGCGCCGGGACCAAGGGAUGUAGGACUACAGCUCCCAGACAGCCUUGCGGCAAGACCUUAGGUGAUUGGUUGAGCUCGGUCCGCUGGUACAGGUGAAGGGCUCCUCCGGACCAAUCAUGAGUGCGAGGAGGCGGGGCCUCCCACUGGAGGCGCGACUGAAACUGACAACAGAGUUUCCCUCCCCGCAGAGCUGUAACCCGAGCCGGGCCGCUACCUCGUCCUCCUCUGCGGGUCCUCCCAGGUGUCCUGCGGUGCCCGGCUCCUGGGUGCACGUGUCUGGUCACCAGACUCGGGCUGAGAACCUGGAGGAAAGCCAGCCGCGCGUUGGAGCCAGUGUAGCGGCGGAGCGUCAGGAGUGGCCGCGCUGAACUCAGGCCCCGCGGGCUGGAAGGCCCCGGGGCGGCGGCGGGCGGGCUUGGGGGAUCUUCCGAGCCUCUGGUGACUCGGACCUUCGGCGGCUGCCUCGCCGGGAGCUGGCUGGCCUGGCUCCGGGCUGCCGGCCGCGCGCCUGCCUGCACCGGGAGUCUCGUGGAUUGUCACCGGCGCCCCGACUGCACACGCCCUUCAGUAACCCUGCGACACUGUCCCCACGCUUCGGCCUCCCGAACCACGAGCCAAGAUGAAGAAAACACAGCAGCCGGGUGAGAUUGAAGCCAUUCUACGGGAGAGGAUUAUGGUGCUUGAUGGAGGGAUGGGGACCAUGAUUCAGCGGCACCGGCUAAGUGAAGAAGACUUCCGAGGUCAAGAAUUUAAAGCUCAUCCCAGGCCACUGAAAGGCAACAAUGACAUUUUGAGUAUAACUCAGCCAGAUAUCAUUUAUCAGAUUCACAAGGAGUACUUACUGGCAGGGGCAGACAUUAUUGAAACAAAUACUUUCAGCAGUACUAGUAUUGCUCAAGCCGACUAUGGACUUGAAAAUCUGGCCUACCGGAUGAACAAAUGCUCUGCAGGAGUGGCCCGAAAGGCAGCCGAGGAGGUAACGCUCCAGACAGGAAUUAAAAGGUUUGUGGCGGGAUCUUUGGGUCCAACUAAUAAGACGCUGUCUGUGUCCCCAUCCGUGGAAAGACCAGAUUACAGGAAUAUCACGUUUGAUGAGCUUGUUGAAGCAUACAGAGAGCAGGCCCAAGGACUUCUGGAUGGUGGGGUUGAUAUCUUACUUAUUGAAACUAUUUUUGAUACUGCCAAUGCCAAGGCAGCCUUAUUUGCAGUCCAGAACCUUUUUGAAGAGCAGUAUGCUUCCAGGCCUAUCUUUAUUUCAGGGACAAUUGUUGAUAAAAGUGGAAGGACUCUUUCUGGACAGACUGGAGAGGCAUUUGUCAUCAGUGUGUCUCAUGCGGACCCGCUGUGUAUUGGAUUAAAUUGUGCUCUGGGUGCAGCUGAAAUGAGACCUUUUAUUGAAACAAUUGGAAAAUCUACCAAGGCCUAUGUCCUCUGUUACCCCAAUGCAGGUCUUCCCAAUACGUUCGGUGACUAUGAUGAAACCCCACACACGAUGGCCACGCAUUUAAAGAACUUUGCUAUGGAUGGCCUGGUCAAUAUAGUUGGCGGUUGCUGUGGUACCACACCAGAUCAUAUCAGGGAAAUCGCCGAAGCUGUGAAAAGCCAAAAGCCUAGAAUCCCACCGGCCACUGUGUUUGAGGGACACCUAUUACUGUCUGGUCUGGAGCCCUUCACAGUUGGACCGUACACCAACUUCGUUAACAUUGGGGAGCGCUGUAAUGUAGCAGGAUCCAGGAAGUUUGCUAAACUCAUCAUGGCAGGAAACUAUGAAGAAGCUCUGAGCGUUGCCAAAGUGCAGGUGGAAAUGGGAGCCCAAGUGUUGGAUAUCAACAUGGAUGAUGGCAUGUUAGAUGGGCCGAGUGCAAUGACCAGAUUUUGCAACUUCAUUGCUUCAGAGCCUGAUAUUGCGAAGGUGCCUUUGUGCAUUGACUCUUCCAAUUUUGCCGUGAUUGAAGCUGGGUUAAAGUGCUGCCAAGGGAAGUGCAUUGUCAACAGCAUUAGUCUGAAGGAAGGGGAGGAUGACUUCUUGGAGAAGGCCCGGAAGAUCAAGAAGUAUGGAGCUGCCGUGGUGGUCAUGGCUUUCGAUGAACAAGGACAGGCAACAGAAAUAGAUACCAAAAUUAAAGUGUGUACCCGGGCCUACUAUCUUCUUGUGAAAAAACUGGGCUUUAAUCCAAAUGACAUCAUCUUUGACCCUAAUAUCCUCACCAUUGGUACUGGAAUGGAAGAACAUAACUUGUAUGCUGUUAAUUUUAUCCAGGCAACAAAAGUCAUUAAAGAAACAUUACCUGGAGCCAAAAUAAGUGGAGGUCUUUCCAACUUGUCCUUCUCCUUCCGAGGGAUGGAAGCCAUUCGAGAAGCAAUGCAUGGAGUUUUCCUGUAUCAUGCUAUCAAGUUCGGUAUGGACAUGGGAAUAGUGAAUGCUGGAAAUCUCCCUGUAUAUGAUGACAUCCAUAAGGAACUUCUCCAGCUGUGUGAAGAUCUCAUCUGGAAUAAGGAUCCUGAAGCCACCGAGAAGCUCUUACGUUAUGCUCAGACUCAUGGCAAAGGAGGCAAGAAAGUCAUGCAGACUGAUGAGUGGAGGAACAGCUCCAUUGAAGACCGCCUUGAGUAUGCCCUUGUGAAGGGCAUUGAAAAACAUAUUAUUGAGGAUACAGAGGAAGCCAGGUUAAAACACGAAAAGUAUCCCCGGCCUCUGAACAUAAUUGAAGGACCACUGAUGAAUGGCAUGAAAAUUGUUGGCGAUCUCUUUGGAGCUGGAAAAAUGUUCCUACCUCAGGUUAUAAAGUCAGCUCGAGUCAUGAAGAAGGCUGUUGGCCACCUUAUUCCCUUUAUGGAGAAAGAAAGAGAAGAAAUGAAAGUGCUUACUGGUGCAGUCGAAGAAGAGAACCCUUACCAAGGCACUAUCGUGUUGGCUACCGUUAAGGGUGAUGUGCAUGACAUUGGUAAAAACAUAGUCGGAGUGGUCCUCGGCUGCAAUAAUUUUAGAGUUAUUGAUCUAGGCGUGAUGACUCCCUGUGAUAAGAUACUGAAAGCUGCUCUUGACCAUAAAGCAGACAUAAUUGGCCUGUCAGGGCUCAUCACUCCUUCCCUUGAUGAAAUGAUUUUUGUUGCCAAGGAAAUGGAGAGAUUAGCUAUAAAGAUUCCAUUAUUGAUUGGAGGAGCAACCACUUCCAGAACCCACACAGCGGUUAAAAUCGCUCCUCGCUACAGCGCACCUGUCAUCCAUGUCCUGGAUGCCUCCAAGAGCGUGGUGGUGUGUUCUCAGCUACUAGAUGAGAAUCUGAAGGAUGACUACUUUGAGGAGAUCACAGAAGAAUAUGAAGACAUUAGACAAGACCAUUACGAGUCUCUCAAGGAGAGAAGAUACUUAACAUUAAGUCAAGCCAGAAAAAAUGGUUUCCACAUUGACUGGCUGUCAGAGCCUCACCCAGUGAAGCCCACAUUUCUUGGGACCCGGGUCUUCGAGGACUAUGACCUGCAGAAGCUGGUGGACUACAUUGACUGGAAGCCUUUCUUUGAUGUCUGGCAGCUGCGAGGCAAAUACCCAAAUAGAGGCUUUCCCAAGAUCUUUAACGACAAAACUGUAGGUGAAGAGGCCAAAAAAGUCUAUGAAGAUGCCCAAAAUAUGCUGAAAGCACUGAUAAAGCAAAAGAAACUCCAGGCCAGGGGCGUGGUUGGGUUCUGGCCAGCACAGAGCGUCCAAGAUGACAUUCUCCUCUACGCCGAGGACGUGGUUCCCCAGGUGGCCCAGCCCAUCGCCACCUUUCAUGGGCUCCGGCAGCAGGCCGAGAAGGACACUGCCAGCCCAGACCCGUACCACUGCCUUGCGGACUUCAUCGCUCCCCUGCACUCCGGCGUCCGUGACUACCUGGGCUUGUUUGCCGUCGCCUGCUUCGGCGUGGAAGAGCUGAGCCAGGCCUAUGAGGAGGACUGUGAUGUCUACAGCAGCAUCAUGGCCAAGGCGCUGGGGGACCGGCUGGCCGAGGCCUUUGCAGAGGAACUGCACGAAAGGGUGCGCAGAGAGCUGUGGGCGUACUGCGGCACCGAGCGGCUGGACAUGUCCGAUCUGCGAAGGCUGCGCUACGAGGGCAUCCGCCCGGCGCCCGGCUACCCCAGCCAGCCUGACCACACCGAGAAGCUCACCAUGUGGAGACUCGCUGACAUUGAGCGCUGCACAGGCAUUAAGUUAACAGAAUCGUUAGCAAUGGCGCCUGCUUCAGCAGUAUCCGGCCUUUACUUCUCCAAUUCGAAGUCCAAAUAUUUUGCUGUGGGAAAAAUUUCCAAGGAUCAGGUUGAGGACUAUGCCUUGAGGAAGAACAUGUCUGUUGCCGAAGUCGAAAAAUGGCUGGGCCCCAUUUUGGGAUAUGAUGCAGACUAACAUUUCCUUUCAGUGUCCUCUGAACUCGGCUGUUUCUCAAGGAAAUGAUGUCCAGCCGCACCUUAAAAGCAGCAGCCGCCGCAACACACCCGUUUGCACCGCAUUGGCACUUGCCGGCCUUCCAGUUUCGGAGGAGUCUUUGCUGGAACUGUGUAGGGGAAGAGGCCUGUCCUGGGGCUCUCGGGGGGUGGGGGGCGGUACGCAGCUGUCAUUUUAGAGGACCUUGGGUGAAAAGCAGCAGACAGAACUCUGGUGGUAUCCGGGGCCCCACAGGUCUGGGGCCAAGUGGAGAUAGAGUCUCUUACAUUUCAGAGCUAGUUAGCUGUGUCUUUCCAUUUUUGCCUUGGAUUUAGGAGGCCAUUUUUUUUUCCUUUCUCUUUUUUUGUGGGGGGGGGGUGAGGAGGGGAGGAUGGAUCUAUAUCCAAUCGUUCCCAGGGCUUAGUCCUGGUUCUGCACUCAGGGAUCAUUCGUGGCAGUGCUCAAGGGAACCAACCAUAUGGGUUUCUGGGGAUCAAACCUGAGUCAGCCACAUGCAAGGCAAGUGUCUUACCUGCUUGUGCUAUCACUCCAGCCACUAAAUCUCUCUCUCUCUCUCUCUCUCUCUCUCUCUCUCUCUCUCUCUCUUUGUCUGUCUCUCUCUCUCUGACUCUCUCUGUCUCUCUCUCUCACUCUCGCUCUCUCUCUCUCAGGGGGGAGAAAAAAGCCUAAUACUCAGCUGAAAAGAGAAUGUGACUCUGUGGCUAAGGGAUGCUGUGAGAACAGGAACAUUUCAAUCUAAGCACUUCAAACAGUCGGUUCUGACAGGGCAGGAAAUGCGUAGCUCUGCCAUCUCUCUGGAAGACCUCAAUUUCAAAGGCUCGAUUUAAUGGUUACACAAUCCCCCGUUGGCGAAAGGCUUGCUGUCACCGCUGCGUGUCAGAAAUAUCAAGCUGCUCGCCCCACGAUGGUCAAAUACAGUAGUGUUUCUGCAAGCGCUUUUGUCCUCUCAUAAUUUCAUAUUCCCUUGCCUAAAGGGAAACGUGGAGGUGGGGAGAGGCCAUCCGUGGUCGGGAACGUGUUUCAGUUGUUUUCUCGUGGAGCAGAUUGUGGGCCGAGCAGACAUGUUCAGAACUGGACCGCUGGACUGUGUCGCUCCACACCUAGUUCUUCCCUUGUGUGUUGAACCAACUCCAGACUCAUGAAGUGUAGGAGCAGUGCACUCGGCAUGUUCUUGGUGAUUUCAGGGGAGCGGAGGAAGAAUAGUAUUUGGGGUGUGUGUGUGUGCACGUGCGUGUGAGGAGUGGAUAUAAGAUGGUUCUUUUGUUUUGUUUUAUUGAACCACAGUGAGAUACACAGUUGCAAAGUUGUUUAUGAUUGGGUUUCAGUAAUACAAUGUUCCAACACCUGUCCUGUCUUCCUUUUGUGUUUUUUUUUUUUUUCCAGCUUAUUGGGUCAUAUCCAGUGAUGUUCAGGGGUUAGUCCUGGGUCUGCAUGCAGGAAUUACUCCUGGUGCUGCUCAGGGAACCAUAAAUUCUGCUCAGUUCUAUCUACUAGUGGGAUGCUGGGGAUUGAACCCAGGUAAGCCGCAUGCAAGGCAAACACCCGACCUACUGCCCUAACACCCAUCAUUUCACCACAUACAUUUCCCCGUACAUUUCAGAUUUGAGCUGACUU